CGGGGCCCGCACUUCCGGGGCGGGCCUUCGAGGGGCGGGGCCGGCGGCAGCGCGAAGAUGGCGGCUGCGGGUGCGCUGCUGCUGGUGGUGGGUGGCGAGUGCGGCGGCGCGGGGCCGCUGGGCCUGGUGCUGGAGGAGCUCGAGCGAGGCAUCCGCUCCUGGGAUGUGGAUCCUGGCGUCUGCAGCCUGGAUCAGGAACUCAAGACUUUCGUGUCCCAGCACUCGGCCACCUUCUCCAGCAUUGUCAAAGGCCAACGGAGCCUGCACCACCGCGGAGAUGCCCUGGAGACAUUGGUCCUUCUGAACCCGUCGGACAAGUCCCUGUGUGAUGAGCUCCGGAACCUUCUGCUGGUUCCUGCCCCUCGAAAGCUGCUGGUGCUGGCUGGGCCCUGCCUGGAGGAGACUGGAGAGCUGCUGCUCCAGACUGGGGGCUUCUCGUCCCACCACUUCCUGCAGGUCCUGGAGGACAGGGAGAUCCGGGACCUGCUGGACCGCACUCCGGCUCUGGCUGAGCCGCCCACGCUCACGCUUGGCUGCCCACCUUUCGGGGCCUGGACGCAGCUGGGCACCCCCAAGCCGGGCCUGCUUGGACAUCGGCUGAGGCUCAACCCUGCAGUGCGGCUGCCGGCCUCUACUGGGCUGCAGGAGCUCUUAGACUACUUGGCUGGGUCCCUGGAGCCUCCGUGCCCCUUUGACCUGCUGGAGCCGCCAUCUUCCGGUGACUUCCUCAAGCUCGACCCACCCUGCUGCUACAUCUUUCCUGGUGGCCUAGGGGAUGCUGCCUUUUUUGCUGUCAGUGACUUCACAGUGCUGGUGAACGGAGGCUCCAAUCCCAAGGCCACCUUUUGGAAGUUGGUGCGCCACGUGGACCGUGUGGAUGCUGUGCUUGUGACGCAUGCAGGUGCUGACAGCCUCCCAGGCAUCAACAGCCUGCUGCGGCGCAAGGUGGCCGAGCGGCAGGAGGCUGCGGUCUCGGCCUCCUGGGAAGAGGGGCCACGGCGCCUGGCAUCGCCCGGCCUGGGCGUGGUGUUUCUCCACGCCCCAGAGCCCCUGUCUCGCCUGCUGGGCGGUGAGGAUGAGGCUGAGGUGACACGUGGGCUCCUGGCACAGCUGGGCAUUGCGCCCCUGCCCCUGUGCCGCAGCUUGCCUGCCACGCCCACCGUGCUGCUGGAGAAGCUGGGCGUUGGCCGCCUGGACCUGCAUGUGCUGUACCCGCCUGCUGCCGACGCUGAGGCCACCUCAGCCUGCGCACUGCUUGUAUGGCUGCCUGCUGACCCUGCUGAGAAGGUGGUGCGUGUGCUCUUCCCUGGCCGUACACCACCUGCGCGCCUGCUGGAGGGCCUGGGCCGCUUGCAGCACCUGGGCUUCCUGCAGGACCCUGUGGUGACGCCACAGGACCUGCAGGCCCCACGGCGCACGGGCAGCAGAGACAGUGUGGCCUCGAGGGACAGUGCCAAGCGGGAGGCGGGGGCCACUGGCAAGGCCAGGCCAGGUUAUGAACGCCCCACGGCAGUGCGGAAAGAGCCCCCGCGCAGGACUGCGGAGAGGGACACCAAGGUUCCCCGGGAGGCGAAGAAGGACCCCAAGCCCACCUUGUCCCGAACUCAACCCCGGGAUGUGCGCCGGACCACCCCUGCUGCCCUGCAUAGCAAGAAGGUGGGUGCCCAGGUGGCUCCCAAGGCCCUUGCUGCGCAGCCAGUGCAGAAUGGGCCCCACAGUGCCCCCUCGAUCGUGGCUAGCUCGAAUCCAGGGAUCAGCCUGGAGCCGGGACCCAGCUUGGAUGCUCCAGAGCAAAGCCUGGAGCCGCAGGGCGCCCCUGCUGCAGCUCGGCCCUCUGCACUCUCGCCCUCUGAGUGGCCCCGGUCACUGAGCCCAGUUCGGGAUGCCUCACCGGCCGCCACCACGCCCACCGCCACCACACCCUCACUGCCUGCUGAGGUGGGCUCCCCGCACUCCACUGAGGUGGAUGAGUCACUGUCAGCAUCACUGGAGCAGGGCCUGCCCCUGGCCCCCUCGAGUGACACUGGGCUGAGCCUCCCCCUGCUUGGCCCCCGUGCACGGCGCCCUGCCUCACCACAUGACGUGGACCUGUGUCUCGUGUCGCCCUGUGAGUUCGAGCACCGCAGGGUUGUGCCUGCUGCGCCUGCAUCCCCAGGCAGCUCUAAGGACAGCAGCUCGGGGUCACAGGAGCGGGCAGUGCCCGAGGAGACCCUACCUGCAUCUGUCAGCGAAUCCCUGCCCACACUGUCUGACUCGGAGCCCCUGCCCACUGCUCCUGGGGCUGGGGACUCAGAUGAUGACCCGGAGGCCUUUGGGGUGCCCCGAGACCCGCUGCCAGCACCCCUCAAAGAUCGCUCACCACUGCUGGACCCACCUGGCCUCUGCAUGGUGGACCCCGAGGUGCUGCCACCUGCGUCCACCAAGCCCACUGAGAACUCCAGUCGCCCCCGGAAGCCCCUGACCCGGUCCACUUCUGGCCCCGGUGGCCCCAAAGCCACGCCUGCGGCUGCAGUCAAAGCCAAGGGGCCAGUGGGGGGGGACCGUGCCAGCCGGGUGCUCAGUGCACGCAGGGAGACCAGUGACAAGGGAGGCCGGAUGCCCCUGACCAGGAAGCCUUCGGCCCCCAACGUUGUCCCCAAGGCCAGCUCCAGGACCCUGGUUCGAGGCACUUCUGGCCCAGUUGGCAGCCGGCCCUCGACCGCUGCCUGUCCACCAGGGCCCCCGGUGUACUUGGACCUGGCCUACCUGCCCGGGGGCAGUGCAGGCCCGCUGGGCACCGAGUUCUUCCUGCGCGUGCGUGCACUCUGCUAUGUCAUCAGUGGCCAGGACCAGCACCGAGAGCAGGGACUUCGGACUGUGCUGGAUGCACUGCUGGAUGCCAAGCGGCAGUGGGACUGCGACCUGCAGGUGACCUUGAUUCCCACCUUCGACUCGGUGGCCAUGCGCAGGUGGUAUGAAGAGACGCAUGCGCAGCACCAGGCUCUGGGCAUCCGUGUGCUGGGCAGCGGCAGCAUGGUGUUCACGGAGGACGACGCCUUCCCGGCCUGCAAGCUGGUCUUCUAGCCCCUGCCCACCAACCUGCAGCAUGGCCAGUGUUCUGCGCCCGCCCUGCAAUGAGGGGCAGCAUCGGCUCCAGGGCCAGGACAGAAAGUGCUCGCCCCCGGAGCCCUGGCCUGUCACAUGUUUGUAUUUUCGUUGCGUUUCCAGGUGAUACUGGCAGCCCAGCCUAGGGGACUCCUAUUAUUUUACUUGACACAGUCUUGAUGAGCAGCCCAGGUUGGCCUCCCUACCUGCAGUUCUUCUGCCUCAUCCUUCUGAAUAGUAGGGCUUAUAGGUGCUUGCCACCACAACCAGCAGUGCAUGUACUUUAAUGUUAGAAAACUCCCCACGUACUCUGGGCUGACUGGUGACCCUGGAUAAGCUAUCUGUUCAGAUCCUAGCCUUGCAGGGCUCGGUCCAUGAAUUUGCAGGGAGCUGGGGGAACAGGUGUGCUGCUGAGUGGUGUCCACGCCCUGGGGGCCAAAUCCCUGGACUUGGGACCACUGACCCAAACCCAGGGCGUGGGGCCUAGUGAUGCCUGAGGCCCGGGCAGAGUAGUGGCCCCAUCCCUCCCCGGUUACCCUGGCCAUGUGUCUCUGCCCUCUGGCUGAAGGGCAAAGGGCUCCGGACUGCGCUGAGCCCAGGGUCCCUGCCCGCAUUGCCAUGGCCUUGACAGUGUGUGUGGUACCAGCUGCGGGAUCUGCUGCCCUUUGCCUGCUCCAGGGUCACCAGGGAUGCAUUGGCCUCUGUCUUCCCCAGCUUGGGGUCAGGCGAGCCAGCUCACACGCACGCCCCUCCCCAUGGUGAGGUCUUUCCCACCCAUGCACUCCUGUGACCACUCCCUGCACACUCAUAUCUCCCACUUGUGCAGUCCUGUGCACCCCUGCACGGGCGCCUCAGUAACUUUCUACACCCCACAGUUUCUGUGCCAUUCUCCUGGUCCUCACUCCCUGCAGCUGCUCCCUGUAUCAUGAUUCUGGAGCUUAUACCCCUUCCUGGGUGAGCAGUGCUUGAGGGGCAGUGCUGGGCAGCAUCUGCCUGUGGGCUGCUGUUUGUCACCAGCUCUCUGUGCCACCUUAGCUGUGCCCCUUCCUGAUCACCCUACUGAGAUGCAGGUAUCACCCCCUCUUCUCACGAGGUCAGGGGUCACAAGUCCAAAUUCCGCCUGUCAGGCAGCAGGCUGGGCAGGUGACAUGGGUGACCUGCAGGGUGCAUAGGACCUGUGUGCCUGGUGUGGGUAGGCGCAGGCUCCAGGGCUCGGACAUGUGGCGGGCCACAAGACUGCAAGGGGUUUCUUGUUGAGUUUCAGGUUUCCUUGAAGUAUUUAUAUUGCUUUCAAGUGACAGCAUUGCUUAUGAAGUAUUUAUUGGAACUGAAAA